UUUCAGGCUCUGGAUGCCCCAGCCCAGGUCUGCUCACCCACGGGACAAGCAGCAUGAAUGAUGAAGGCUCCUGGGCAGUCUUCAGCUGUAAUAGUGGCUUUUGGCUCCAUGGGCCCUCAAUGUUGUACUGUAAGGGCCACAUCUGGAAUAGCACAAAGCCAGUAUGCAAAGAGUCCGACAUGAUGAGCUCUGUUUCAGGUGUCCACAUCCAAAAGGCAAACAUACACCUGAACCACCAAGCUGCCGUAGUUCUGAAGACCCAGCAACAAUCCCACUACGACACCAUCACUAAUACCGCUUCCAAAGAAGUGAACCUCAAAUUCGGCUUGUUGUCUCACACACCAUCCCAAACGUCAAACAGCGAGAGGGUUAAAGUGAUAGACCCCAAAGUCCACCUGCAGCAGCAUAAUCAGUACCCUGAUUCUAAAAUCAAAGACAGGGUCCAGACAACUCAUCUCAAAGCUCAGGAUGCAGAUGAGGCUCAACGUGGGACCAGUACAGGACCAGAAACGGGAACUGGGAGACAUGGCUCAAAGGAAAAAGCUUCACGUGAGGAAGCAGAAAAGGUUACACAGGUGACUCCCACACCUGUUACACAAACUGCCUCUAAGUCACACCUAUCUGCUUCUGGCUCAUCUACCUUAUCAUUAGUGUUAAGAACAACAUCAACAUCUUCACUGUCAUCACUUUCAACAGCUCAUAAAUCAGCUACAGUUGCUGUCAAGCAGAUUCCCCCAACAGAAACUGUGAUGUUUACACCUACAUCACCACUCCACCACACCAAAUCUGCUCUGACUGUGGGAGUAUCUGUCACAUCUCAGGAUGAUGUGACUCCCGCUGGCUCUUCAAAGAGUGCAGAUGAAGACCAACAGGCUACAACUGACCUCCCAUAUCCUCUUUCAUCUCCAUCUGGCUCUGAAGGUGAAGAGGAGCCCACAGAGACUUCAUCUACUUCAUCUACAUCUGGUUAUUCAGUUUCUACCAGUUCUUCUUUCUUCACUUCAUCUCCUCCUCUUACUGCCUCUUCUCCUCAAUCCUCAUCAAUCACCCUUCCCUUGUUUUCUGCAUCCACUUCCUCAAGUAUCAACUUCACCUUGUCUAAUACGAAAGAAAUACUUCCCUCCUUCAACCCUCCUUCACACACCUCCACCCCCACUGAGCAAAAAACUCACUGGACUGAAUACCACAACGUCACCAUGAACUCCUCUGCAAAACCACCUCUGAGCCUCAGCAGACGACCUGUGUGCCCGUACCCUCCCGUGCCUGCUCAUGGGACCUUCUACUUUCGUAAUGUAGAGAAUCCAGGUCCCAGAGAGUACAGGCAUUACAUCCAGUACGCCUGCUACCCUGGUUAUACUCUGGCUCAUGGAGACAUACACAGCUACUGCCAGCAGGGCGGCACCUGGAGCGGAGUCACACCUGUCUGUCUGGAGCUGACACCAUGCUCAGUUAACAACGGAGGCUGUUCCCAGCUGUGCUCUAACUCCCAGCACUACAACCAGACUUCUAAUCAGACUCAGACCAGGACUCAGUGCCACUGCAGACCUGGAUUCACUCUGGUGGAUGACGGGCGAACAUGUCGAGAUUUAGAUGAGUGUGUGGAGGGGCAGCAUCAGUGUCAGCAGAGAUGCAUCAACACAUUUGGCUCCUUUAAGUGCAGCUGUGAUGACGGCUAUCAGCCAGCUCACGACCGGACCUCCUGCACAGAUGUUGAUGAGUGUCUGCUGCCUGCAGCUGUAACAGGUUGUGUGUUCGGCUGUGUUAACACUCCUGGGAGCUUCCACUGCCAGUGUCCUACUGGCUACAGCCUUCAGACUGCAGAUGGCCACUGCCAAGAUAUAGAUGAGUGUGCUGUUAAUCAGGGGCUUGGGCCAUGUAUGGAGCAGUGCCACAACUCACCAGGAUCCUACCGAUGCUCCUGCACAUACGGAAACAUCUUAGCUGGAGACGGACACAGCUGCAUCGCCGAGUGUCCACCUGGGUACAGGAAGCAACCAACAACAACACCUGAGAAUUCAACAUCACAAGCUCUCAGGGAGGAGUGUGUAGAUAUAAAUGAGUGCCUGGAGGAAAAGUGUGAGUGGCAGUGUGUCAACCUGCCAGGCUCUCACCGCUGCAUCUGUCCCAGAGGAUACACGCUGCAAAAAGACGGUCGACGUUGCAAGGACAUUAACGAGUGCAGUCGGAAGAACGGAGGGUGUUCCCAUCUGUGUUUGAACCAAAAAGGUGGAUAUAAAUGCGCCUGCCCAGCCUCCCAUCGCCUCUCCCCUUACAGCUGGAAGAAAUGUCAACUAAGGACAACAGUGAACACUACUGGUUAAGCUGGAAAGCACUUCAGUCUGGCCUGAGAUAGACUCCCUGCUGGAGUACGACAAUCUGUCCCUCUAGUCGUCUCCAUGUGUAAAGAGACAAGAAAUCACACAUUAAUACUGUAUCACUGUUUUGUGACAUCAUCCUCUGAGUGCAGGCUGCAAACAUCGAAGAGCCAAUUGACCCGUGAAACUCGCUCCCAACACAUGGCUGUUUAUAAGUGAAUUAGUGAACCAUCUGUCACACUUGUUAAACAGAUUUGAGAAUUCAUUAAUUUCCCCUUUUAAAACUUUAUUUUCCAGUUGACUUAG